AUGAAUGAAGAGUUUUGGCGAAGCCAGGGAUUGAACCACGGGCAUUGGGAUCUGCAGUUCAACGCCUUCACCGCUGGACCACCAAAUCCGCACAACAGUUUAGAGUUGUCAUUACAUACUUCAACCAACAGUGUGGCCAUACCACCUUCUAUAGACACUAUAGAUACUUCAGACACUAUUGACACGAUAGACACUAGAGACACUACAGACACUAUAGACACUUUAGACACUACAGACACUAUAGACACUAUAGACACUAUAGACACUAUAGACACUACAUACACUAUAGACACUACAGACACUACAGACACUACAGACACUAUAGACACUAUAGACACUACAUACACUAUAGACACUACAGACACUAUAGACACUAUAGACACUUUAGACACUAUAGACACUACAUACACUAUUGACACGAUAGACACUAGAGACACUAUAGACACUAUUGACACUACAAACACUAUAGACACUAUAGACACUAUAGACACUAUAGACACUAUAGACACUAUAGACACUAUAGACACUACAGACACUAUAGACACUAUAGACACUACAGCUUCUAUAGACACUAUAGAUACUUCAGACACUAUAGACACUAUAGACACUAUAGACACUGUAGACACUAUAGACACUACUUACACUAUAGACACUAUAGACACUAUAGACACUAUAGACACUAUAGACACUAUAGACACUAUAGACACUACAGACACUAUAGACACUAUAGACACUACAGACACUAUAGACACUACAGACACUAUAGACACUAUAGACACUACAGACACUACAGACACUAUAGACACUAUAGACACUAUAGACACUACAGACAUUUCAGACACUAUAGACACUAUAGACACUAUAGACACUAUAGAUACUACAGACAUUUCAGACACUAUAGACACUAUAGACACUAUAGACACUAUAGACACUACACACACUAUAGACACUAUGGACACUAUAGACACUAUAGACACUACAGACAUUUCAGACACUAUAGACACUAUAGACACUAUAGACACUAUAGACACUACAGACACUAUAGACACUAUAGACACUAUAGACACUACAGACAUUUCAGACACUAUAGACACUAUAGACACUAUAGACACUACAGACACUAUAGACACUAUAGACACUAUGGACAUUAUAGACACUAUAGACACUAUAGACACUAUAGACACUAUAGACACUACAGACACUACAGACACUAUAGACACUAUAGACACUAUAGACACUACAGACAUUUCAGACACUAUAGACACUAUAGACACUAUAGACACUAUAGACACUACAGACAUUUCAGACACUAUAGACACUAUAGACACUAUAGACACUAUAGACACUACAGACACUAUAGACACUAUGGACACUAUAGACACUAUGGACACUAUAGACACUACAGACACUAUAGACACUACAGACACUAUAGACACUAUAGACACUAUAGACACUAUAGACACUAUAGACACUACAGACACUAUAGACACUAUAGACACUAUAGACACUAUAGACACUAUAGACACUAUAGACACUAUAGACACUAUAGACACUACAGACACUAUAGACACUAUAGACACUACAGACACUAUAGACACUACAGACACUAUAGACACUACAGACAUUUCAGACACUAUAGACACUACAGACACUACAGACACUAUAGACACUACAGACACUAUAGACACUACAGACACUAUAGACACUACAGACACUAUAGACACUACAGACACUACAGACACUAUAGACACUACAGACACUACAGACACUAUAGACACUACAGACACUACAGACAUUUCAGACACUACAGACACUAUAGACAUUUCAGACACUAUAGACACUAUAGACACUAUAGACAAUACAGACACUACAGACACUAUAGACACUAUAGACACUACAGACACUACAGACACUACAGACACUACAGACACUAUAGACACUACAGACACUACAGACACUACAGGCACUACAGACACUAUAGACACUAUAGACAUUAUAGACACUACAGACACUAUAGACAUACGUACAUUAAAACUCAUUGGAUGA